AGAACUCUGAGAAACUGAGAGAAUGUCUCAAGAAUGGCACAUUGUCUCUGAGGGACCUUGACAACAAGCAGAGGAGAGGAUCCUCGAGAGGCAGAAGAAGACGCAACAAAGGCAAGAGUGGAAAAAAUGUAACAACAGAUGGUGCGACAAAUACAUAGGGGGUGGAUAAACCACGAAGCUCCUCGGAGGCUUCCAAGACUAGCAGGCCAAUGAAAACAGACAGCAGUUCGAAAAAUGCUGAAAAAAGUCUUCAGUUGAAAACUCAAAACAAAGAAUCAGAAAUGGUAGUGCGCAGCAUCCUCGAUGACGUAUUUGAUCAGGUUUCCAGAUAUUGUUCCGCUACUAAGUACAGCGUUGCCAAAGAACAGACUAACACCUGUAUGACCCUCGCCCUGGUGGGAGCUUCCGACAAGAGAGUAGUGGCAUCACGAAAUUUCUAUGCAGAACAAAGAAGAACAACACAAGAGAUGUUAUACAAAGCAGCACGGGAGAAUGUGAGGGACUUGAUUUUGCGUGUUACUACAUGUCGCCAGGAUAUUCCAAGCCCAGACAAGGGACAAUUAGCUACAACUGCCCCACUCCGAUUUGCAAAUUAUGACGUACGACAGAGCGCAUACCAACAAUGGAUUAACACUGAGAAACUGAAAAUGCAAAAGAUUAUGUACAUGGCAGCCUCCGAAAUUGUACAGUACUUCCUCACAUUUCCAGCCACUCGUGCAAAGUUUGCAGAAGUAAGAAUCAUGGCGACACGAAAGUCUUAUGAAGACCAGAGAAAAAUAACUCAAAAGUUAUUGUACAAAGCAGCCCAGGAAAAUGUGAAUGACCUGAUAAUCCAAGCAACUACUAACUGCGAUAUUCUUGGAGCAGUUAUAGUAGAGGUGGAUGUACCAACCUUGGUACGAUCUGUAGAAUAUGAUGCCAGACUGAGAGCUCUCUUAGAAAAGAGGAACGCUGAGAAAUUAGCAAUGCAAAAGGCUGUGUACAACACAGCCUCGAAGGUCGUUGAAGACCUGUUUACCCGUGCAGCCACUAACACAAGCUUAAAGACUUUAUCUGAACCAGAUGUAACCAACGACAUGGAGGAUGAUCCUGUACCAACACCUAAAGGUUGGAGAAGAUUCUUUUGUUGUGUCAAAUCAAAGAAACAACAGCAGAGGAAAGAGAAGAAAGAAAUGUUUGGAUUGCUUGCUAGAUUACGCCGCCUGUUUAACAGUCGCUAA